AUCAGUAAUAAAGUCUCCACAACUUCUUCCGCCCAAUCUGGGAUCCCUCCCCAGUCUCCAUUAAAGAAAGAACCUCUCUCUCUCUCUCUCUGUGUUUUUAUAUGUAUCUAUCUAUAACUUUCUCUCUCUAUAUUUGUGUGUGUGUUCCAAGCAGUUGUCUUCCAUUUCAUAGCACUUCUUUUGAUGGCACUCCUCAUGCCAGUGGAUACCAAAAAAGAGACCUCCAAACGCAAGAAAAAGCAGCCAAAUCCUUCUUCAUGGGACCAAUUCAAGAAUAUCUUAAGCUGCAAACAAAUCCCAGAUUCAAAAAUCCAUGAUCCAGCUUCCAAGAACCUCCCUACAGUUUCCAAAUUGGGAAGUUCAUGUAGUUCCAUAUGCUCAUUCAGGGAUGUUGCCCACGGCAACACUAGGGUUGUUCACAGAGCUGAUAACUCACCGGAGGGGAGCAGUUUAGGGCAAGAAUCUAAGAUUUUGACCAAGAAAAGUAGCCAUGGAAAUAGAUCCUCUUCUUCUAGGUCUAUUUAUUCUGCUACUUCUGUGAAAACUACAUGUAAUAUUGGCUCAUCUAGAGGCAUGCAAUUGAGGAAGCUUUCAGGGUGUUAUGAGUGUCAUGCCAUUGUUGAUCCGAGCAGUUAUAGGUACCCAUUGCCAAGGUCAACUAUAUGUGCUUGCUCUGAAUGUGGAGAGGUCUUCCCAAAAAUUGAUAGCUUGGAACAUCAUCAAAUGGUUAAGCAUGCAGUGUCUGAGCUGGGCGUAGAGGAUUCAAGCCGCAACAUAGUAGAGAUAAUAUUCAAAUCAAGUUGGCUCAAAAAGGACAACCCAAUAUGCAAAAUUGAACGCAUACUAAAGGUCCACAACACAAGACGUACAAUCCAAAGGUUUGAAGACUAUAGGGAUGUUGUAAAGAUACGUGCCAACAAUAAUGCCAAAAAAAAUGCUAGAUGUGCGGCCGAUGGAAAUGAGUUGUUGAGGUUUUACUGUGUUACCCUAAAUUGCUCGCUUGGUGCUCGUGGUUCAUCUAGCUUGUGUAGCUGCUUGCCAGGUUGCGGUGUUUGUACUAUUAUUAGACAUGGCUUUCAAAGCAACAAGCUAAGUGGGGUUCGCACGACUGCUAGUAGUGGUAGAGCCCACGAUUGCCUUGGUUGUAAAGAUGCACGUCGAGCGAUGCUCGUAUGUCGUGUUAUUGCUGGAAGGGUGAAACAUGCUACAGAUGUUAUGACGAUUGAGGAAGAGGUUGGAGUUGGCUUGUCGACUGGUGGCUUAUAUGACUCCGUAGCUAGCUGUGGUGGGAUAUACUCGGAUAUCGAAGAAUUAUAUGUAUUUAAUCCAAGGGCUAUUUUGCCGUGCUUUGUGGUGAUUUACAGGUCACUUGAAUCUUAGUAAUAUUUUGUGUUGAUUAGUUAAUUUGUACCUUUUUAAUUGUACUUGUGGAAUCAAAUCACAUAACUAAUCUCAGGUUGGCUAAGCUAGAUGCUUGUCUACUUAUUUU